AUGAUGACAACCAGCUAUCCACACAAUGGCGGCAUGCCUCCUCAAGGCAUGCAGCAUGCGCACCCGGGUAUGGGUGGCCCAGGCCCAAACCCAGGACAGCACGGAAUGCCGCCAGGCAUGCAGCAUGUCUCUGGCCCCAAUGGCCCCGUCAGUCAGGCAGGACCCAUGAUGGGUAUGCAGCCAGGCAUGGGUGCCAAUGCGCAUGCCCUCUCUCACCUACAGCCCCAGCAGCACAUGUUCCAGCAGCAACCGCAGCAUCAGAUGAUGAACCCUGCCAUGAUGCAACAGCAAAGGACUGCCCAGCAAGCUUUCAUGCACCGGCAGCAACAACAGGCCAUGCUUGCCCACCAACAGGGCGGCAUGGGAAUGGGUUUCCCCAACCCCAUGGCAAACUUGAACCAGGCACAAGCACAACAAUUGCAAGCAAUGAGAAAUGGACAGAUGGGACAAGGACCUUACGUUAAUCUUCCUCCUCACUUGCUCCAGCAACAGCAGCAGAUGGGUGGUCAACAACCCGGUGGCCCGCAACAGCAGGCUGCCAUGGCUCACGCAGCACAACAACACGCUCAACAACAACACCACCAAAUGCAGGCUCAGCAGCAGGCGAUUGCUAUGCAACAUGCCCAGUCUCAGUCGAGCAACCACAGCCAGCCGGGGAAUCAGGGACCGCCGCCAACCACCCAGACCCAGCAAGGGCCUCUUCGUCCUCCAUCCGCGAUAGGGAGUCAUCAAGGACAGUCUUCGCCAGCUCCUCAACCCACACCUCAACAACAACCACAGCCGCCACCACCGCAGCAGCAACAGCAGCAACAACAACAACAACAACAACAACAGCAGCAGCAGCAGCAGCAGCAGCAGGCACAACAGCAGCAACAGCAACAACAGCAGGCACAACAGCAGGCACAACAGCAACAACAACAACAGCAGCAGCAGCAGCAACAGGCACAGCAGGCACAACAGCAAGCGCAGCAACAGCAGCAACAAGCAUCCCAACAGCAACCGCCACAGUCAGGUCCAGUGCCACAACAACAGACGCCUGUUCCAGCUCAGCCGCCCAACCUACCUCAACAACCAAACCAACAGGCUCAGAACCAGAUGCAACAACGGAAUCCAGCACUAGUACAACAAGCGCAGGCCCAAGCCCAUGCUCAAGCAAACGCUGCCCAAAACCAAGCUCGUCAAAUGGCAAUGAUACAGCAGAAACAAGGUCAAGCUGUGUCUUCAGGCCAAGGAACCCUCAAGCUAUUGAAUUUUGUGGAGCAAAUAGGGAACUUCAGCAGUACAAACAACAAUAUUGAGUGGUGGCAGGCCUUUGUGGAUAGAUUCUUCGCCGAGUCUGGAUCCUUCGUCCACAUCGUCUGCUCCUCAAGUACGGAGAGAUCUAAGCAAUUCGAAAUUGUGUAUGCUGCCCUACCGCGAUACUUCUACACGCUCUUCAACACCGACGUCGCCAACUUACAAAUUACCCUGGACGGAGCGACCGAGAAGGUCUCGGGUGCUGAGUUGAAAGUAACUUGUGAGCGAGCAAAGUUCAUAUACACAUAUAAAAAUUCUUGUCAGGUUGUCUACCAAGGCAAGUUGACCGCGUUCUGGUCUGGCUCGGACAAGCUGGAGUGGUUGCUGUUCGACGGCUUAGGUCACGAACAAUUCAUACCGCUCAAUACCUUGAAGCAAAAGUUCGUUCAGCCAUCGCCAAAUCAACUGAACCCAAAUCAGUCGCCGCGGAUGAAAAACAAGAAGCAGGCACAGCAGCAACGAGGGAUACCAGAGCCACCGGAGGCGUACCUUCCAAUCACCAAACUGCCCAGCGCUAGUACUACAGACUAUGGUUUGCCUCACGGCUUGCAGGCUUAUCUCGAGAUCUACGAACCAAUGAACCACAUGACAAGCUUGAUGGUACAUUACCUCGAGAACCCCCACAUGAAGCCAAGCGAAGCUCUAGAGUCAUGGAACAACAACAUGUCAAAUACUCAGGCUGCUCAACAAGGUCCUCAUCACCCCAACCAAGGCCCACAAGGACAAAGCAUGCAACCUAAUAUGCAACCUGGCCCUCGACCAGGCGGGCCAGGUCAACCUCAAAUGUUCAUGUCACCCGCGAUGCAAAACUCCCUACUUCCUAAUGGAUCAAUGGGUGGUUCGCCUCACUUCCAACAUACACCCUCGCCCAACUCCCAGCCUAUGAUGAAGCAACAGAGCACAAGCUCACACACCAUGAGCGUGAACACAUCUCCAAACAUGAUGAACAACAAGCGGCGGCGGAGCACAGUAAAGAUGGACACGGAUGAUGGUGGCGGCGAGAUGAACGGCGCGCAAAAGGUCAAGCAAAGCCCAAGAGUGGGAGGUAACAAGAGGAUGAAGGCAGGAAACUAG